UCUCCUGGCUCCAAUCACUCCGGAGACUCAGCCAUGGGGGGGAAGCAAAAGCUGGCAGAGGACGAAGCCCAUGGAAAGCCAGCCAAAUAUGACCCCUCCUUUCGAGGCCCCAUCAAAAACAGGAGCUGCACAGAUGUCAUCUGCUGUGUCCUUUUCCUGCUCUUCAUUCUGGGUUACAUCGUGGUGGGGAUUGUGGCCUGGGUGUAUGGAGACCCCCGGCAAGUCCUCUACCCCAGGAACUCAACCGGGGCUUACUGCGGACUAGGGGCAAACAAAGAUAAACCAUAUCUCCUGUACUUCAACAUCUUCAGCUGCAUCCUGACCACCAAUGUCAUCACCAUAGCAGAGAAAGGCCUACAGUGUCCCACACCCCAGGUGUGUGUGUCUACCUGCCCAGACUAUGCAUGGACUGUGACACCAACAGAGCUCAAACAGACUGUCAGGGACGUUUUCUACACUCAAAAUAGGAGCUUCUGUCUACCGGGGGUAUCCCAGGAUGUGGAAGUACUCCAAAGCCUGCAGAAUGAACUCUGCCCCAGUUUCCUCCUCCCUUCCAUUCCAGUUCUGGGCCGUUGCUUUCCAUUUGCCAACAGCACUCCUCCUACUCUCCCAGGGAUCACUGGCAACAUCUCCCAGGGCCUCAGUGGAAUUGUUGACAGACUCGAUGCCCGUGAUAUCAGUGUUAAGAUCUUCGAAGAUUUUGCCCAGUCCUGGUACUGGAUUCUUGUUGCCCUAGGUGUGGCUCUGGUCCUCAGUCUGCUGUUUAUCCUGCUUCUGCGCCUGGUGGCUGGGCCCCUCGUGCUGGUGCUCAUCGUAGGGGUGCUGGCUGUGCUGGCAUAUGGCAUUUACCACUGCUGGAGCAAGUACCAAGAACUGCGAGAUAAGAAAGGCCUGACCCUCACCCAGGUGGGCUUCACCACCGACUUCAGUGUCUACGGCAGCGUUCAGGAGACCUGGCUGGCAGCCAUGAUUGUGCUGGCUGUGCUUGAAGGCAUCCUGCUGCUCAUGCUCAUCUUCCUGAGGCAGCGGAUUCGCAUCGCCAUCGCCCUUCUGAAGGAAUCCAGCAAGGCUGUAGGACAGAUGAUGUCUACCAUGUUCUACCCACUGGUCACCUUUGUUCUCCUGUUCAUCUGCAUUGCCUACUGGGCCAUGACAUCUCUAUACCUGGCCACCUCAGGGCAACCUCAGUAUGUUUUAUGGGCACCCAACAUCACCUUGUCCGGCUGUGAGCAGGCAGCAAUGAAUACAUCAUGCAACCCCUUGGAGGAUCAAUCUAAGAGCCCCUGCCCAGGGCAGAUGUGUGUCUUCCAGCAAUAUUCAUCCACAGGCCUGGUACAACGGUCUCUCUUCAACUUGCAAAUUUAUGGGAUCCUAGGGCUAUUCUGGACCCUCAACUGGGUGCUGGCUCUGGGCCAGUGUGUCAUGGCGGGUGCCUUUGCCUCCUUCUACUGGGCCUUCCACAAGCCCCAGGACAUUCCUACAUUUCCCCUGAGCUCUGCCUUCGUCCGCACGCUCCGUUACCACACUGGGUCACUGGCCUUUGGAGCCCUCAUUCUGACCCUUGUGCAGAUAGCCCGGAUCAUCCUAGAGUACAUUGACCACAAACUGAGAGGAGCACAGAAUGCUAUGGCCCGCUGCAUCAUGUGCUGCUUCAAGUGCUGCCUCUGGUGUCUAGAAAAGUUUAUCAAGUUCCUGAACCGUAAUGCAUACAUCAUGAUUGCCAUCUAUGGAAAGAAUUUCUGUGUCUCAGCCAAAAAUGCCUUCAUGCUGCUCAUGCGGAACGUUGUCAGGGUUGUUGUCCUGGACAAAGUCACAGACCUACUGCUACUCUUUGGGAAGCUACUGGUAGUUGGAGGUGUUGGAGUCCUGUCCUUCUUUUUCUUCUCCGGUGGCAUCCAUGGGCUGGGUAAAGACUUUAAGAACCCCACACUCAACUAUUACUGGUUGCCCAUCAUGACCUGUGUUGUUGGAGCCUAUGUCAUUGCCAGUGGUUUUUUCAGUGUUUUUGGCAUGUGUGUGGACACGCUCUUCCUCUGUUUCUUGGAAGACCUGGAGCGGAACGACGGCUCCCCGGACCGGCCCUACUACAUGUCCAAGAACCUUCUGAAGAUUCUGGGCAAGAAGAACCAGGUGCCCUCCGAGAACAAGAAGAGGAAGAAGUAGAGAUUCGACCUCACUGACCCAGGACCUCACAGUCCCUCUGUACAGCCUUUCAGCCUCUCUCUGAUUUUCUUUCUCAAUUUUGUAGCAAAAAAAGAUUUUAUUAAAGAAAGGUUUUUUUUCUCAAAAA